AUGAGUGACGCCCCCGUGGAACUCCUGCCCCUCGGGGCCCUCAUCCAGUCCUUCAAGGUCAACGGCCUCAACAUCGUGCAGGGCUUCCCCACGCAGGAGCAGUACGUGCGACACAACACGCCCUUCUUCGGCGAGACCAUCGGGCGCGUCGCGAACCGCCUCCAGGGCGCGCGCGUCAACGACCUCAACGGCCGGGCCUACGCCCUCGCCGCCAACAACGGCCCCAACACGCUGCACGGCGGCAAGGUCGGCUGGGGCAAGCGCGUGUGGAAGGGCCCCGAGCCGGUCGGCGUGCGGCCUAUCCCCGGCGUCGAGGGGCUCAAGGGCGGCGAGAGCGUCCGCUUUUCGCUCGUCAGCGAGGACGGCGAGGAGGGCUUCCCCGGCACCGUCGAGGCCACCGUCACGUACACAGCCGGCACGCAGGACGUCGCCGGCGGCAAGACGGCCAACGUGCUGGGCUUCGAGUACGAGGUCCGGCUCGUGGGCGGCGCCGACGAGACCGUCGUCAACCUGACCAACCACUCCUACUUCAACCUCUCGGGCGACGCCACCAUCGACGGCACGACCGUCACGCUCGGCGCAAGAGACCACCUCCCCGUCGACGCCGGCUCCAUCCCCACGGGCGGGCCCAUCCCGUACCCGUCCGUCGACACCACCAAGCCUUUCGGCCUCGGCGCGACGGAGCCCAAGUUCGACUACUGCUUCACCCUGCCCGCGGACCCGUCCUCGGUGCCCAUCGACACGCGCGCCCAGCCGCUCGCGCUCAACCUCGCGGCGCACCACCCCAAGACGGGCGUCCACCUCGAGGUCCUCAGCACGGAGCCUUCGUUCCAGUUCUACACGGGCGACGGCACCGACGUGCCGGCCGUCGAGGGCGCGCCCGCCCGCGGCCCGAGGAGCGCCUUUUGCUGCGAGCCCGGCAGGUUCGUCAACGCCGUCAACGUGCCCGAGUGGAGGGGGAUGACGGUGCUGAAGAAGGGCGAGACGUACGGCUCCAGGAUCGUGUACAAGGCGUGGGCGGAUUGA